CCCGGUUCCUAUUCCCAUUCCCGUCUCCUGCCACUCGCCCACCAUGUCUCUCAUCCCGCACAUAAACAAAGCUACGCCUGUCAAUGUGACUGCCAAUGUUUUCAAGCUUCAGUGGCCGGAAAGGUCUACAGUGUACCAAUACGAUGUAAUCACACCGCAGUGGGAAAGCCGGACUGGGCGAGAGUUUAAACUCGGCGCUGCGAAAGCCAACGAGGUCAUGAUGCGCCUCCAGACCUCAGUUGUCCCGAAAAUCUUCUCAAAGCUUGGAGUUUUCGACGGCAAAAAGAAUCUCUUUUCAUGGAAGAAGUACGACAUACCAGGUUCUGGCAUGAAGGUGGAUGUCAUGUGGGAUGUCGACUCCCCGAAACCUCGUUAUGUUUCGGUUGUUCUGACUUUGUCCGGAAGAGUCAAUAUUGGAAUCUUGAAAAACCUUAAUCGAGGCAAUACCCAGUCAAUGGUCGCCACCGCGCCUGCGCUAAACAUGCUAAACAUGUCUGUUCAGGCAUAUCCGAGGGGGUCUGGAAUGGCACUCAAUAAAGCUGCAAGCUUCUACAUCCAGGAGGAGAGAGAGACACCGCAGUCUAUAGCGCCUUUGGAACUUUGGCGUGGCUAUUUUCAGAGCGUUAGACUGGUUAAGGACCAUGUCGUCCUUAACGUUGAUGUCACUGUUGCUGCCGUUGUUCCUGAACGACGUUUAGAUGUCCUAUCAGCUGAAUUUCUCGGUUUGCGCGAAAUCCGCCAAUUAGAAAACUUGAACGAAACUCAAUUUUCAAGACUGCGGCAUUUUCUUCGUGGUAUGAAGGUGAUAUUGUUGCACCGCCCGACUUCCAGGCCAAAACGGAUCAAAGGUCUGGUGAAAAAUGCUGGUGCCAUCACUUUCGACAAAGAUGGGAGCCCAAUCACAGUAUCGGAACACUUCAGAUCUGCUUAUAACCUCAAUAUACGACCGGGAUCCUUGGGUGUUCAAUUUGGACAACAGACGAUUAUACCGAUUAGCCGUUGUAAUGCCACGCAACAAUUAUAUGAUAAUCGACUUUCUCCGGAGGCCAUUAGAGAAGUGCUGAAAGUGGUUCCUGCAAACCCUGCGGCCCGGCUCCGAAUGAUACGGCAAGGCUGGAGACAUCUAGGCCACACGCAGUCCGAGUUUUUGGCUGGAGCAGGUAUAAACAUCAAUCCAGAGCCUCUCCAAGUUACUGGGAAGGCUCUUCCCAGGCCACAGCUAGCAUAUGGCAAAGGUCAGAAUGGGGUGAGGGUGAUCAAUGAUCGGCAUGAUGGGACAUGGGAUAUAAUGAAGAAGCCACUUCACACGCCGGCCCAGCUGAAUUCUUGGGCUGUUAUCAAUUUUACAGGUGGUGAUCAACCAGUGAUACAAAAAUUCUCUAUGGACUUGGCCGAUGCUAUGAAAGUUAUAGGAAUGUUUGUUUCAAUGCCGCAUGUGCACCAUGAUGCGAAUGCACAAGAGAGCAUUCCAUCGAUUCUAUAUCGCGUUGGUUUCCCCAUCAAGGCGCAACUACUUGUUUGCGUUCUGCCGGAAAAUGCUGCGGAUCUAUACGUUGCGGUCAAGCGCGCGGGUGAUGUCAUUCAUGGCAUUCCUACCCAGUGUGUGCGUUGGUCACGAAAAUUCCGAGAAGGGUAUGAUACAAAGAAAUUCAACCAGUACCAUAACAACUUGAUCCUGAAAGUCAAUACGAAACUGGCAGGCCGUGGGUUUGUUCCUCAAGAUCCUGCAAUGCAAUUUUUCGCUAGCGCCCCUACUAUGAUCAUCGGUGCGGAUGUCAGUCAUGCAGCGCCUGGCAGUAUGGCUCCAUCAAUCGCUUCUGUUGUGGCAUCGAUAGACCCAUACGGAGCUCAAUACACUGCGAGGAUGGAAAUACAAAGGUCCAGACAGGAAAUCAUAGAGCAUUUGGAGCCUAUGGUCAUUUCCUGUCUCGAAGCGUUCUAUAUGAGGAAUAAAGGACAGGCACCUCAGCGUCUCAUAUUUUAUCGAGAUGGCGUCUCCGAGGGGGAAUUUGAGAUUGUCCGCAGGGAAGAAAUGGGCAAAUCUCUUGACACCGCUGUUCGAAAGUUCUACCAAAGCAAAGGUGUGAAUCAACGUCCGAACCUUACUUUCCUGGUCGUCACAAAGAGGCACCAUUUCCGCUUCUUCCCCAACUCUGGUCAAGGUGACAAAUCUGCCAACUGCCAUGCAGGAUUUUUCGUCGACAAUGACCUGAAGCAUCCUGUCUACGAUGACUUUUAUCUUCAGUCGCAAGCGGGUCUCAAAGGAACAAGCAUUCCUGGACACUAUACCAUUUUACAUGAUGAUAUCUAUAAGAAGUUAUUCCAGGACAGGAGUCAUGUGGUGACGGCCAUUGCGCAACUGACUUAUGCCCUCUGUCACGUAUACUCUCGGUCUACUCGAUCAGUAAAGAUUCCUGCGCCUGUGUACUAUGCCGAUCUCGUAUGCCGCCGUGCAAAGUUCCACUUUGACAUCCCCAUGCUUGAUGCAGAGUCCGCUCAUCCUGGUGAGGAACACGACCUUGACUUUUAUCGUCAACACUUUACCGGUAUCAAUGCCAACAUGCUCAACGAGAUGUAUUUUGUAUGAGUUAUUCAUGUGUUUUUUGUAUCUGUAUGCCUCUGCCAUGACAUACAUAGCUUUUGAAGAAAUGUAACUUUGUCACG